AAAAUUAAAUCUGUUUGUGGGGAAAUGGCUGACUAUACAUUUUUCAUGGAGCUAUCUAUAAUGAAUUCAUAAUCUUGUAAUUAUAAUGUCAUUGUUUACUCUGUUAUCAUAACAUGUAUUUGAGGAAGAAAGAAAAAAGAAAGACAAUCAUUUCACAUUCUCAUUUCUCCUCAUCAUAUUUUAUGAAAUUAUGCUUUCUGUAUACUGUAUAACCUAUCUUCAAAAUCCUCUACAUCAGUCUGAAGGGUUAAAAAGUAAUCAGAAUUGCAAUUCAAUGCCUAUGAUGCAAAUGGGAAGGGGAGGUGCUAAGAGCUAGGUAUAUGAUCAGAGUACCACUCUGAAUCGUGCCCUGUGGCUUCCUCCUGAGCACUUGCAAGCCUGGAUCAUCCCUUUUGUCAGUUUUUUUGUAACCCUUUAUUUUUUAAUAAUGGCCGACUGGGUAGCAUCAGAUAAGCUCUGCAAUGCUUCUGCCACUGGAGAUGUAAAAACAGUAGUGGAUUUGCUGAAAAAAGGAGCUGAUGUCAAUGGAUUUAAUCAGUUCAACAGAACUGCUCUGCAGGUCGUCAUGCUGGGCCACAGCCGGCUCAUCCAGGUGCUGCUGGCCGCGGGCGCGGACCCCGACCUGCCUGACCCGCGGCUCGGGCUCACCGUGACCCACGACGCGGCGCGCCAAGGCUUCGGGGAGUCGGUGCGGGUGCUGGUGUCCGGCGGCGCGGACGUGAACUUGUUGGACUGGGACGGGAACCUGCCGCUGCACCUGGCCGCCGCGGGGGGCCACCUGGAGGCGCUGCGGGCGCUGCUGCCCCGCACCGCCGACCCGGGCCAGGCCGAUGGCUGGGGCCGCUCGCCCUGGAGACUGGCCAUAGACCACCAGCAGCUGGACGCAGCCGCCGCCAUCAGCCAGUACCUGGACCACGACUGAAGAAGACUAUGAAGAUCACAACAUUAACCAAAGUAACUAACUGUUUUUGGUUAAUGUGAAUAAAAAAACUACA